GGCGGGGCUCUGCCUGCCUUCCGCUCCGCCGCCGUUCCGGGCGUCACUUCCGGCUGCGCACCGAGGCCCGCGAGGAUGAUUCCGCCGGUGCAGGUCUCGCCGCUCAUCAAGUUCACCCGGUACUCGGCCCUGCUGGUGGGGAUGAUCUACGGCAAGAAGCGAUAUGACUACCUAAAACCGAUUGCUGAAGAGGAGAAGAGAAUAGAGGCAGAGGAGAAGAAGAAACGCGAAGAACUUGAGCGGAUCGCGAAAGAGCUUGCAGAAGCAAGUGAAGACUCCAUAUUGAAAUGAAGAAAAGAUUGGAUCUAAAUUUCACCCAAGAAAAUACAUAACUGUGCUCUGAACUGUUCAGUGGUUAGGGGAUUCUUCAUGCUGUUCUAUCAAUAAAGUACUUAAAACAUUUCAA